GGAGGGAGAGCAAGUCCGUGUUCUAUGCAACAUAUAUAAUACUGCUGUUAGCCGUAGCAGCGGAGCAAAUUUGUCGACUCUCUGCGCGCGAGAAGCUCGCUCGAGCGCGACGCAAGUGUAGGAGGAGGCGCAGCGCAGCUUUCUCAGUGAACGGAGCAGCCCAGCUAUCUAUUCUCUGUAGCAUAUAAUAAUACAGGCCCGUAAUAAAAAUUCAGUUUGUCGCGCGUGCGGACGAUGCCGAAAUCAGCGGCUCGUCAUUCCGGCGUAUCCGUGGUCGUCUGCUGCGUAGCGAGCGGCUCGAAGAUCGCCGAGUCCGGCUCGACGCGGCGGCGUCCUCUCAACCGCUGACGACUAUUUUGUCGCGCGCCAGUGAAGGAAUCCUCGCUGUAGUCCUCGGACGCACGAGCACGAGUCACCGCCGCCGCCUCUCCUCCAGCAACUUCUUGCCGCAUUGGAUCGUUACGUGUUAUAAGUUGGCGCCGCCGCCGCUGCUGCUAGCCACUGCACCGUCGUAUCGUCAUCGCGAUGCUUGCCGUACUCGAGAGCGCCCUCUGCGUGCCCAAGCUCUAUUACGGUGCCCUGUUCGGCCUCGGUUUCGGCAUUUACUAUCUCUUCGAAGUCGUCAAGGAACCUCUGGUAGUUUGUGCCAAAGGGCCGUUGCGUAAUUUUUUGGAAGACAACGUGCCUAUAUUGAAGGCGAAAUUCUGGCCUACGCUAUGGUGCUUCGAAUCGAGAGCUCAAACGGUAUUCGCUAGCCUACUUCGAUCGAGACUGUGGCCAGCGAUACAGUACCGCAGAGAAAUAUUGACACUGUCGGAUGGCGGCGAAGUAGCGCUGGACUGGGCCGAGCAUAAUUGCUGCUCCACAUCGCCAAUCGUGGUAAUUCUACCGGGAUUGACGGGAGCCAGUCAAGCCGAAUACAUUAAGUGUCUAGUCUAUGCGGCUAAAAACGUCGGCAUCAAAUGCGUCAUAUUCAAUAACAGAGGGCUGGGAGGUGUUAAAUUGAAGACUCGCCGAUUGUAUUGCGCGGCAAACUGCGAGGAUCUGUCCGAAGUUAUCGAACACGUAAGGCGACUCCAUCCGAACGUGCCCGUCGCCGGCGCUGGCAUCUCAAUGGGAGGUCUCAUUCUCGGCAAUUACCUGGCUCAGCGAGGCAGAGCCGCGAUCGGCAAGCUCAAAGCCGGCCUGGCCAUCUCCGUGCCUUGGAACGUCUUCGAGGCUACCAAGAGCAUCGAGAAGCCUUACCUCAACUUGAUGCUCAACAAGCACUUGUGCGGCAAUCUGAGAAGAAACGUGAAACACCACGCGGCCAAUGACAUGGAAGAAUGGAAUCUUGACUUCGAUACGAUAUUCAAGAGCGAAACUGUUCGCGAAUUCGACGAUUACUUUACGUCGAGGCAUUUCGGUUACAAAGACGUCAACGAGUAUUAUUCCGUGGCAACAGCCCACGACAAGCUCCAUCAGAUUCAAGUGCCCUUGCUAUGUUUGAGUGCAGCCGAUGAUCCUUUCCAGCCGCUCGAAGCUCUACCGCUCAAAGAAGUCAGUGAGACGCAGCACGUCGCCAUGAUCGUGACCUCGCGAGGCGGCCACAUCGGUUUCCUCGAGGGCAUCUGGCCUAUCCGAGAAGAUCAAUACAUGGGGAAAAUAUUCUCGCAAUUUUUCUCCGGUGUCUUCUCGCAGGACAAUGAACAUUUUUUCCGCAGUUAGAACCCAGCACCUGUCACGAUCACGAGCAACUGUAUAAAUGAUUUAGUUUUUACAAAAUAAUCGCAAAAUUAACAUUUUUAUACUCUUGCGGUAAAAGUCUAGCCCAAUAUUAGCGGAAAAAUCGUUAACUAGUCCAGGUAAAAAAAAAAAAAUUACGCAUAGUAUACGAGAGAGUCAUAAUAAGGCCAUCUGUAUAGCUAUGAAGGAAUUGCCGCAAUUGAGAAUUAAACGAGCGAUUCCAUUUGCAUGUAAUUAAAAUAGAAUCGUCCUAAUCCUGCCAAGAUUUUAUACGAAACAUUUAUGCGUAACGAAUCGCACAAUGAAAACGUUUUAACGACGAUAAAUGAAGCUGUGAAAUGAUCAUCGGGAGAACAUUUAUACUCCGAGGAGUACAUAAAAAUUCAUAUAAUUUAGCUCCUUUUGACUAAAUGUACAUUUUGUAUUUUUUAAUUACUAAUUUUAUUUGCCCUUUGUGAUAAUAAGACUCGAAUGUGAAAAUUCGUCAGUGAUAUGAAAGUGAUUGUAAUUGGUCGAAAGCGUGGAAAGUGCAAUAUUUUUUUCUUUGUAAGACAUAUUUACAUUACCAUUAAAAUGCACAAGUUGAUGUCAACCCGAAUGAAGUGAUAAAACUCUUGCCGAGUCGAAUUUUGGGAUUCGUAUAGAGUAUUUUUCUGAUAAUAAGCUUUGUGUUAAUAUUUUUUAUAGUUGUUCAGAAAAAUAUUCUGUUUAAAUGCCCAGAACUCGGGGGUGGAAAUUUUUUAUUUUUUCUUUGAUGCUAGCACCUUCUUCAUAAUCAUAUGUUAUUUAUUUGUUAUUCAAUAUCUAAUUAUUUAACAUCGUUUCGUACCUAUUUUUAUUUAAUAUUUUAUUGUCUGCUUCUUAUUAAAAUAGAGUGUAUUGUUAUAUUUAUUUUAGAUAGAAAAUAACGGACAGGGUAGUUGAAAGUAGAGCGUAGUCCCAAUUGUUAAAAAUUGGAUUAGAAAACUGUUAUGCUUGACCUUUGUAAGCACAAAUAGCUGCUCAAUGAACUUGAAUAAAUUUGUUACGACAAUGAA